AUGAAUAAUUUCAAUAUAAAGUUACCAAGAGUUAAACUUUUAAAGCGUAAAGACAAGAUAUUAACCCCGAGAACAAGGCACGCAUCAUACCACAGUUCAAUGUCAAAUAAAACUAAAGAUUUUUUGCAUAAACUUAUCAAUAAAAAAUCUCCACAAGUUGAUAUGACGCAAUAUGGAUUUAUUAGAGAUAAAAAAAUGUAUCCUACGAGUACAUCGAUUAAUCCAUUAAAGGCACAAUUGAAUAAACUAAUUGGUAGACCCACUGAGAAAAUUAUAAUACCACGAUACCGACCUCCAACAAUUAAGAAAAGUUCAUCAAAGCGAAGUUACUUAAUGUCUGGUGGGUCUAACGGAUCUAGGAGUAUGAGCAUGAGUUCAGGACCUUCUAACAGAACGUCUAUGUCGAUUCAAGCAAGUCCACAAAAUAAACAAGCUAAGAAAAGAUGGGGUUAA